AUGCAGCCAAAUGACUUGAUAGAACACCUCUUAGAUCGCCCCCCCUGUUGCGCAAUAUGCAAUGCUUCAAUUCGGGUAGGUGGUACUAGCAACGGGUGGCAAAGACGAUAUCGAGUUCUGUUCCGUGACGAUGUUUAUAGUACUAGCUUCAGCGGGUUGGGUUUUCGCGAACAUCAGUUGCACGACAGGUGGAUCGUGCCGAAAGAAUUCAACGAUACCGUAACCUACGGCACGGAUUUUGAUGACCCGAGAUACGAAUCUAUCACGAUACAAAGCGAGAAGGUGGAAGCUACAUCUGGCCGAUGUGGAUAUAUUGUGCACGAAACCUGCUGGCGCGUCCUCGAGAGGAUAUAUGCACCACGGCAAGUCCCAUGGACAUGCCUGUGGAACACGUUGGCAUCUUUGCAAGGACGGAUGCUAGCAGAGCAACGAUUACGUGGCUAUGAUCGAGCAGCUUUAGGCAGGGCUGCAACUACCAAUUUCUCUCUAGAGGUAGUAGACUUGAUGAACAAGGAACCAAAAAUACCUCCGGCGAGAGCUACGGAGGUAACGCCGCCAGAGGUUGCCAACGAUGGUUUCGCUUGCCUACCGACUGAGUUAAAGCUUCUCAUCGUUGACCUGCUGGAUACGUCGGACGCGCUCAAGCUCCGACAAUCGUCCAAAGCUUUUGUAUUCAUCUUUUACUCUCAGACCUUCUGGGGUCAGAGAUUCGCAUCUGACCACGAGAGGGGAUGGGUCUUUGGAUAUUCAGACCAAACACCUCCUCCAUUGCUCGACUGGAGGUCUCUAUACAAGCUUACAGGUCGAAAUUACUCGCCAGGUCUCCAUCGAAUGGAGAAUUUAUGGCCCUUCCUUCGGAGCCUUCAAGACAUUAUACCAGAUGAGCCCAUUUCCUCUUUCGCUGAGGAUGCUGUGUGCGACUUUGAAUGGAACUGGCUCUAUCUCCCGCGGUUCUUUUAUCAUUCUUGGGAAGUCUCAUAUAGACAAAGGGUCCAUCUCCCCAGCCCUAUGGUGACGAUGCGCAUUUAUCUUGUCAAAUUUUGUUCACAGUCCGUUGUCGCCGGCAUCACCUUUAAAACGGCUUGUGGGUCGAUAAGCAAGAUUGGAUAUUCAACACCUUGCUCAAAAUCGGUUCAGUUUGAAGAACAUUUGAUUGGCUUUGACUUUGAAAUCACAGGAGAUGGAAUUGUCGACAUUAAAGGAGCAUAUCCCGAUAAUGAUGAGCCCCUAUCCGAUUGGCCCGCUAAUGUUGAGGACACAGCUCGGGAGAAGCUAUCUCUGCUCAUUUCUGGGAGAAUUGGCGGAGUAGAAGGGAUUUUUGAU